AUGGCGCAGUGGUCAGUGGACGUUGCGGUAGCCGCGGACCCGUACUACGUUCCCAGGCAUUCCAACUGGGCUGGGGACGUGGACGGCGUCGUGGCCAUCGUCACGCCGUCGGCGGCUCCCCCUCUCGUCGUAAAAGAGAGGGGGGCCGGUUACGUGGUGGCAGUGUGCGGAGGAGGGGUGGCGGUAGUGGGCGUUUAUUUUUCGCCCAACCGCCUAAUGGUCGAGUUUGAGUCGUUCUUGUUGAGGCUCAGCUCGGCCGUGAGGAGGCUCGCCCCGGCGAAUAUUUUGGUAAUGGGCGACCUCAAUGCCAAAUCGCCGGCUUGGGGCAGCCGCUUGCCUAACGCCAAGGGGCGAGCGGUGCAUGCGUGGGUGACGGCCAACGGCCUGGUCGUCGCCAACCGCGGCACCGCCAACACCUGCGUGAGGAGGUGGGGGGGUUCCAUCGUGGACAUAACGUUCGCGACCCCCACCCUAGCCUCACAAGUGCAGGACUGGCGGGUGCUGGAGGGGGAGGAGACCCUUUCGGACCACGUAUACAUAAGGUUCAGGGUCUCCUCCUCGCAGGCGUCAACGACGGCGCCUGCACGGCGAGGGCGAGGGCGAGAGGGGUUUCCCCGUUGGGCCCUCGCCAAAUUCGAUGCCGAAAGGGCAACGGAGGCGGCUAUCGUGGCCGCAUGGGGUUUCCCCCCAAGUGGGUUCGAACGAGAUGGCAGUCGGGUUCAGAAGGAAUCUGACUGCCAUCUGCGAUGCCGCAAUGCCCCGUACCGGCGGCAGGCCUCCCAACAAGAGGGAGGUCUACUGGUGGACGCACGAGCUCGCGCUUCUGCGAUCCGCCAGCAACGCCGCGCGGAGGGCGCACAAGCGGUGUCGCAGAAGGCGUCACACGCCCCAGGAGGAGGAAAUCCACCACGCCGCCUACAGGGCGGCGCAAGAGGAGCUCCGAGUCGGCAUAAGCCGGGCCCAAGAUCUGGCCCGGCAGGAGUUCCUAGCCACGUUGGAUGGGGACCCCUGGGGGCGCCCGUACAAGAUGGUGCGCAACAAGUUGCAGCACCGGGCGCCCCCCGCCGAGACGAUGGAGACGGAGCUCCUCAAUCAAGUGGUGGCUGGCCUGUUCCCGGAGGGGGAUGA